AUGACGCGCUUCAAGUCCUCGAAACCUAAGUUCAAGCCAGAACACGACGGAUCGGAAUGCAAGCACCCACCUAGUUACUCUCAGCGUCUUCAACAAGGCCUUGGCUCUCUCGGUCUCGCAACAGUAGGUGGCGGCACCGCUUUGAUACUCGCACUCCUAGGUUUCCUCCUAUUCCUAUGGACCGGCGAAGGCUCGCAAGACGGCAGGACAGCUGCGACCCUGUGGCGAUGGAUCAUGCUCAACCAACACAUUACUCAGGCUAUCACCUUGUCAACGGUUCUGCUGCGUAUUGCAGUCACGGCACAGGCGUCCAUCUACACAAGCCUCCUUGCUGGCGUGGUUCUGGAGAAGCACGGUGUUCCGCUCUUUCGAGUCGCUGAGAUGUCCAUCAUCCGGUGUACAAACGAUGGCCCAUUCCAACUGACUUGGGUACUCUUGACGUCUGCACGAAAAGCGUACAUGCAGAUCGGGUUGGCAGUCUUGCUGUUGCUCACGACUUUUGUUGUUCAGUUCUCAUCGACUCUUCUGGUGUCUGAUUUGGGUAUGGAUGAUCUUGUCGGCGAUGCCAAAGCAAAGACGUUCAGUGUGCAUAUGAGCCGCGAUGUCAUCUCGUUGAAUCGGCAGAUGAACAACUGGAUAAGUCGCCCGACAGCCUAUGUGCCAUUUGGCGAGCCGCCUUUAGAGACAAACACGACUACAUAUAUUCAGUCGAGCUUCAGCGAUACUGGCAUCGUGAGAAGAACAUUUCUGCCCCUCUCAACAUCGCAAAUGUCUACAUUACGCGAAUAUACCGGUGGCGCUUACGGCUUCGAGUCGCGUUUUGUAUGUCUCCGUCCGUCGGUGUCCGCCUUUCUUUCAGUGACCGUUCCAGCACCGGGCUUGGAUACUGUUCCUUUCUACCUGAACGUAGCGGGCAGUAUAUCAUACGAGACCAUGUUCCGCGAGCCAGGUCUAACGCUGCCAGAAAACUGCGAGAACGGGAGCUGUUUUCCGUCAGGUUUUAACUGCUCGUUGCCUCAAUUUCAAUACACCGAAACGCAGGCACGGCAGGGCUUUACCAACAGCUUGUGCAUUCCGAAUGGCACAGCCACGCGGCCGAGUGCUCGGAACCAUACCAUCUCAGGAGACCCCAUCGCAGCGUACUCCCAGGUCUUUCUGUUCUUCAGAAAUAACGGCACUCACGAUCUAUGGAAAGGACCGGGCAAUCGCGUCUUGGUCGGGACGUUCGGUCUGAACAAUGUUUCUUCUACUGACGGUGAAUGGCUCACGUACAAUCGUCCCAUCAGUGGCAGGCUUCCAACAGGGGAAAGAAUCGAGACGGGCGUGUUGAGGCUGGACGUGUCGCUCUGCUUCCAGCAGUUGGCCUUCAACUUUGCGGAAGUCAAGCUUUCCAGCAAAAAGGACCUGAAAGAGUCGCAAGUAACUUGGACGCCGGCGACCAAGGCCUGGAACACGAAGAAGAUUCAAAAACUCAUGGGCGUUGGAGUCCACAACAAGAGUCCCAACAGUCGCGGAAUCUUCUCGGUGGACUCGGUCAAGAACCCUCGUCAUCUGAACGCAACGCAAUAUCUGACCAACAAGCUCAUCAACGAUUUGUACAAUUCGCCGCGAACAUUCAACUUUUCUCUCUUUAUGGACCCCCAAGGCAGCGGGAACUCUCCCAUCAAGCCGCAUGUCGAGUACCAGGCCAUCUUUGCCGACAUCCUCAACGUCACCAAUCGUCCUGGUGUGGCGAUGCAGUCUACCCUAACAGCUCUCUCAGGGUCCAUCAUCAACGAGGCGCUUCCGCAAUUUGACGUUCAAGCCAAUGCCAUCUUGACUUCGUCGGUGCGCGUGAUGACGCCAAAGAGUCUGCGCGGUCUGCUCAUCAUCUUUGGUGUCAUGGCUUUGAACAUGGCGUGUGACCUUGCCGUGGUGCUUGUUUUCAUGGUGCAGAGUCGGUACUCUAGCCAAGGGAAUUACUGGCAGGGUGUGGCGCAGAUUGUGUCUGAUGAGACGGCGUGGAUACUGGAGGGGGCUACGGAGGCGAGUGAUGGCCAUGUCAAGGAUGAGGUAAGAGGUUCGAAUAACAUCGUCUGUAUUAGUCGUUCAGAUAGGAGUGGGCGGGUGCGUGUGGCUCCAGUUAAAGCUGUCUAG